AUGAAGUUAUAUAAUUUAACUUUACAACGUCCCGGUGGUAUAACUCAUGUCAUACAUGGAAAUUUUUCUGGCCCAAAACAACAAGAAAUCAUUGUUUCACGUGGUUGUGUUCUUGAAGUUCUUAAACCUGAUCCAAGCACAGGUAAAAUCCAUACAUUAUUAACAUGCAAUGCGUUUGGUACAGUACGUACACUUCAUCCUAUUCGAUUAACUGGUAGUAAUCGAGAUUAUAUUGUUGUUGGUAGUGAUUCCGGUCGAAUACUUAUUCUUGAAUAUAAUGGACAAAAAAAUAUAUUAGAAAAGGCAAGCAACGUACAUCAAGAAACAUUCGGUAAAUCAGGCUGUAGAAGAAUUGUACCUGGACAAUAUUUAGCUAUUGAUCCAAAAGGACGAGCGGUACUUAUUGGAGCAAUUGAAAAACAAAAAUUAGUUUACAUACUUAAUCGUGAUUCACAAGCACGUUUAACAAUAUCAUCACCAUUAGAAGCUCAUAAAGCUAAUACAAUCACAUUUUAUACAGUUGGUGUUGAUGUUGGAUUUGAAAAUCCAGUAUUUGCUUGUUUAGAAGUUGAUUAUGAGGAAACUGAUAAUGAUCAUACUGGUCAAGCAGCACAUGAUAUUAAACAAUCAUUAACAUUUUAUGAACUUGAUUUAGGUCUUAAUCAUGUUGUUAGAAAAUAUUCUGAACCAUUAGAAAAAUUUGCUAAUUUACUUAUUACUGUACCUGGUGGAACUGAAGGACCAAGUGGUGUAUUAGUUUGUUCAGAAAAUUAUAUUACAUUCAAAAAUUUUGGUGAUCAACCAGAUAUUCGUUGUCCAAUACCAAGACGUCGAAAUGAAAUUGAUGAUCGAGAACGAACAAUGAUUAUUGUUGCAACAGCCACACAUAAAACAAAAAAUAUGUUCUUUUUUCUUGUUCAAACUGAACAAGGUGAUAUAUUUAAAAUUACACUUACUCAUGAUGCAGAUAUGGGAAUGGUCACCGAAAUUCGUUUAAAAUACUUCGAUACUGUACCUGUUGCUUCGGCCAUGUGCGUACUUCGUACUGGUUUUCUUUUUAUAGCUUCUGAAUUUGGUAAUCAUUAUUUGUAUCAAAUUACUCAAUUAGGUGAUGCUGAUGAUGAACCUGAAUUUAGUUCAUCGGAAAGACUUGAAGAAGAAGAUACAUUUUUUUUUGUACCACGUAAAUUAAAAAAUUUAAUAUUAGUCGAUGAAAUGGAUAGUUUAUCACCAAUAACUGGUUGUCAUAUUGCUGAUCUUGCUAAUGAAGAUACACCACAACUUUAUGUAACAUGUGGUCGUGGACCUCGAUCAACACUUCGUAUACUUCGUCAUGGUUUAGAAGUAACGGAAAUGGCUGUUUCAGAAUUACCCGGUAGUCCAAAUGCAGUAUGGACUGUUAAAAAACGAGCUGAUGAUCCAUUUGAUGCAUAUAUUGUUGUUUCAUUUAUUAAUGCAACUUUAGUCUUAUCUAUUGGUGAAACUGUUGAAGAAGUUACAGAUUCGGGUUUUCUUGGUACAACACCCACAUUAUCAUGUAGUCAAUUAGGUGAUGAUUCAUUACUUCAAAUAUAUCAAGAAGGUAUUCGACAUAUUCGUGCUGACAAACGUGUUAAUGAAUGGCGUGCACCAGGAAAAAAAAAUGAUUACAAGAGCAGCUGUUAA